GGCAAGGCGUAAGGUAAACGGAAGGCGCGCCAGUUUCAGCGUGUUGUGUUCUUCCUGUUUUGCGCCGGUUGUUGUGCCUUGUUGCGUGUCUGUUGCGAAUGGGAAGUGGUUUAGUGUGCUGUAAUACAUUGGAGCGGAAGAAUGUCUUCGUUCACGGCACUAGAUAUAGCAGUUCAGGAUCUGAAGUCACUGAAAGAUUUUAUGACGGAAGCUAAGGAUGCUGUACGCAGCAUGGCCAACGAAAUUCGCGAAACACAUUCGGGAGACGAGGUGAAAGAAUGCUUUGAAACCCUGAAAGAGUACAUGGUGAGCAUCAUCAACAUAGAGCAGGACGCAAGAAGUUUGGUUGACGCAACAGAUGCAGUUAAGCAACAGGCUUUAACGGAUCAAGUAACAGAUGUUCAGUUGAAGAACCUCCUCUCACAACGCUUUGCCGCUGUACACUCAACCCUGAAGGAUCCACGCCAGCAGAGAUCAUACAAAGACCUUCUGCAGACUAUUGAGGCGGGCGAUGAAGAAGCAUCUAGAGCAAGACGCAGCGAUGCAGACGUGAGCCUUCAUGUUUCGGAUGAGAACAGAGUCUGGAAGGACCCCAUAACACAGUGUAAUGUGAAGAUGCCUGUGAAGAAUUCCAUCUGUGGGCACAUUUAUGACAAGGAGAGCAUUGGCCUUUACAUGAAGGCGACAAGGAACCCGAGGUGCCCAUUUGUAGGCUGCAACAACCGAACGUCUCUGCUCAAGACGGAGCUUGUAGACGACCACUAUGUAUUGCGGAAAAUUCAAGAAAGCCAGAAAGCCAACACUUGAGUCACAUUGUACAUGAUGGCAGAUGGCAUUAAAGUUAUUUUAAAGGACUGAAAUUCAAA